UCUUGACUCGUGGUACACACAAAACAAAACCGUACAAAAUGCAUGAUAAUAACUAAAUAACGUAUUUGAAUCUGAAGUCAAAUGAAAUUUCAGAUAAUCGAAAUAAAAUUUGUACGAAAAGCGUUUAAAGUGUUAACUUAAUACGUGCACAUAUUUGUUUGUAUUUAUUUUAAUUUGCAAGGAAAAUUAGGUCAGAAAUGUUCCCCACGAGUACUCAAAAAAAAAAUUGGAUAUUCAAAGAUGAGUCGGAUUUGAACGCACUGCGUGAAGAUGCUAAUCAGCAGUUCAUCAACAGAUUUGGGUCGCACAUGAGUCCGGAGGAAAGGAACACGUUCUUCUUGGACGUCAACGAGGAGCACAUAAUACAGAAAUGUCACGAGUAUAUACUGAGAGACUUUUGCCACAAGUUUCAGCCGCCCAUGCCGAAAUACGUGUUCGCGACAGCACUGAAUUACCUUAAACGAUUUUAUCUGUACAACUCGGUCAUGGACUACCAUCCCAAAGAGAUAAUGGUCACAUGUUUGUUUUUGGCGUGCAAAGUGGACGAGUUCAACGUGUCACUUGCUCAGUUUGUGGCUAACAUCAAGGGCAACCAGUCACGAGCGACCACUGUAAUACUCAACAAUGAGCUGUUCCUCAUGGAACAAGUGAAAUACAACCUUAAGGUGCACCAUCCGUUUAAAGCUAUCGAAGGCUUUCUUCUAGAUAUCAAAACAAGAACGCGAAUGUCAGACCCAGAGCGCAUGCGUUCACACAUUGAUAGUUUCAUUGAUAAGUUACUGUUUACGGAUGCAUGUCUAUUAUUUGCACCAUCUCAGUUAGCACUGGCUGCAGUACUUCACUCCGCCAGUCAAAUCAAAGAAAAUCUAGAUUCCUAUGUAACAGAUUUACUAUUAGGGGACACAGGAUCAGAGCAUUUAAAAGAUCUAAUAGAAGUUGUCAGAAGGAUAAGGAUAUUACACGUCAGAGUAGCUGAUGACCACACAAAAGAAUUAUCGCGUAUUAGUAAAAAAUUGGACAAAUGUCGAAAUCAAGAAAACAAUCCAUUCAGUGAUAAGUAUAAAGAUAGAAUACAAGAAGCAUUAAAUAAUUCUAUGUAGUAAAAAUGCAUUCUCUUUUUAUUUGUUUGAAAAAUUAUUUAAUUUUAUUAUAAUUUAUUUGUAAUUCAUAAAUAAGAUCAUAGUUUAAACUUGUAUUAUUCUUCUAAUACUGAGUAAAAUUCAUUUUUUUGUCAAAAGAUAUCAAU